AAACAACGCAUUUAAUUACUUUAUCCUGUUACAGAGGCGGUAUGGAUGUCGUGCUAUGAUGCUGGAAACUGUGGCCGCUGUGCCUGGCAUGGUUGGAGGGAUGCUUCUGCACUGCAAGUCACUGAGGCGAUUCGAGCACAGUGGUGGUUGGAUCAAAGCAUUGUUAGAAGAAGCCGAAAAUGAAAGAAUGCACCUCAUGACAUUCAUGGAAGUUUCCCAGCCCAGAUGGUACGAACGCGCUCUUGUAUUCACUGUGCAGGGCGUAUUUUUCAAUGCAUACUUCUUGACCUAUCUCGUUUCCCCGAAAUUGGCGCAUCGGAUUGUGGGGUAUUUGGAAGAGGAGGCGAUCCACUCGUACACCGAGUUCUUGAAAGAGUUGGACAAGGGCACUAUUGAGAAUGUUCCUGCGCCGGCUAUUGCCAUCGACUAUUGGCGUAUGCCACCAAACUCGACUCUGCGCGAUGUAGUCAUGGUAGUUAGAGCUGACGAAGCUCACCACCGUGAUGUUAACCAUUUUGCAUCGGACAUUCAUUAUCAGGGACAUGAACUGAAGGAAUCCCCAGCUCCACUUGGAUAUCACUGAAUGGUCUGAAGAACUAUACUGGAGAAGAUAGUAUCCUGCACAGAGGCUUCGUUUAUUUUAGGAAGAAAUCCGAAUAUGGUACGAGCAUAUCAUUGAAUCAUGAAGAUAAGAUCGUUUUGUAAGAAACCUCAUGAAUGCAUUUGGUUCUAUGGUUUGAGAGAAUUGAUACGAAUCAAGUGAAGAAUGGUACUAAACGUCAUAUCAAUGGAACAAUAGGUUACUGCUAAAAUGCAGAAGAAUCGAAACCUUAGAACACACUCUAUGAAUGGCAUGAACUGAAGGGCAUCAUGUGUGGAUGGGCAGGCGGCUGAAAGACGUCCUGCCAUCUAGUGGGAAUAUCCUGAGUAUCGUGUUAUGUGUCAUCUGGAGGUGCGGUCGAAGAAUUGAGGGUCCAUAAUACUGGGAAAUUGUGGAUCAGUUUUGAGUGUUGUGGCAGGAAUACUAUAUGAUGGUUAAAGAAAGUUACAUGUAGUAACGAGCAACACAAAAGGCAUGAAUCAGGUGGCAGAGCAAUCCUGACUCUGCUGGCGACAUAGAAACUAAACAAGAAGGAUGAAAACUUAUUUCUCAGAAGAUUCAUAGCAUUUCCGCUCUCUUUUCUGAAUAUUAUGACAGUUCUGCAUUGCUCUGAAUUUGAGAUAAUAGUAGUAAGGUAAUGUACUUGAAUUCUUGCGCAUAUUCAAGAAAAAUCAGAAUUUUUAAAGAUUCUGCUAUGAUAUUGAAGACCAUGUCAUGGAAUGACCAAAACUUCACGUAAAUGUUCUUUAUUCUCUGCAAAUGGAAGCAUAAAUCCUUUUUGCC